AUUUAUUCAAAGCACGUAAGUUAGGGUUUUAAAGGUUGCUCACAGAGCUGCAACUGACAGAAGGGGCAGGAACUGUUAAGGACCUCCGCGAUUUAGAGUCUUAGCCAUGGGAAACAGCGUGGAUUGUUGUUACAACUCGCGCUGGUCUUACCAGUGCAUUUUCCCUUGCAUUCGUUUUUGUACAUACAGUGGACGCCGGGUCUUUUACAACUAUGACGGCAUGGAAAAGGUUCAACCACUCGUCGACAUUUACCACCCCCAGAAAAAGCCCGUUCACAGUCUUCCAGAAGUGUUUUUCGGAAUUAAUGAUGACCCCGAAAUAAAGAAACAACUGCAAGGCCCUGGGCUUGACGGUGCUGGUCAGAUCGCAGCAUUGUGCAAAUACGCAGCAGACAAUGGCUACACCAUUCGCGCUGUGGGAACAGGUUCCUCUUGGUCUCGUCUCACCCACACUAGAGACAUACUCGUGGUCAUGACAGAUUUGAACGAAAUAAUAACGAAAUCGACGGAUUCACAAACAGAGGAUUCAGAAGCGGAAUUGACGGAGCCGCAAUCUGAAGUCGAGGUACAGGCCGGAAAACUCGUUGUAGAUUUUGUUGAGGAACUGCACAAGGAACGUAAUUUGGCGCUCAAAAUGAUGGGAAAUUAUGCAGGCCAAACGGUAGGAGGAGUGGCGAGCACUUCCACUCAUGGAUCAGGAUGGUUCAGUGGAACGAUGUCCACUUUAGUAGUUGGUCUUCAUUUAAUCGUACGUGGUGGAAUCCAAGUGAAGGUACGUAGCGGCCCUGAAACCAUUGAGGACUGCAAGGCAAAGAUUGACAGGGCCAAAUAUGGAGAAGACCCCAUCGAGAUUAACAGUACCGAUGUGUUAAGGGCAUGUCAAGUAGGCUUAGGAAGUAUGGGGGUAAUAUAUUCCAUUACAUACAGCUGUGUUCCCAUGUACUAUCUAGAGGAAACCAGAAAAACGGUACAGGUCUCUUGGCCUAUACUGCGGGCGGAAGACAACGAGAACGACGACGAAGACGAUGCAUUGAUGGCGACGAAUGAUAUCGGGGUUGUGCUUGAAAAUUUUGCUAAAAUGUACAAGGAAAAAGAUGCAGAGUAUUUCUCUUUUUUCGUCAAUCCAUACCCAGUAGGGCCAAGUAAUGAUAAGCAUAUCGAAAUGGCUUACUUGUCAGCUCGCAAAACAGUUCCUCAUAAAUCAACCUGCUGUGCUUGUUGCUCAUCUGAUCCAACUUGCUGUGCUUGUUGCUCAUCUGAUCCAACCUGCUGUGCUUGUUGCCCACCUCAACCAAUCUGCUGUGCCUGUUGCUCAUGCUGUUGUAAUUGUUGUGGAGGAAGAGGAUUAGCGGACCUUGGCUGCGUGCAGACUGACUGCACAGCUUCUUGCCUCCAGGGAUGUGCCAAUUGUUGUCCCACUUGUAUUCCGCGGCUCACCAAUUUCGGUGUGUCACAGUUUUCGUUCAAAGAAGGCACGACGUAUGUGCAAACGUGGUACAACGUGCUGCAGUUCACGAAAGGCAAUAUCCACAUUCGCACAGCAGAAUGGUGCUUACCGUAUGAACACCUCCAAAGUGCCCUGACCAUGGUGAUAACACUGGCUCAAGAUUACGCAAGAAAGCAUAAACAGUAUUCCUUGCUACCAAUUUAUGUGAGACUUGCGCAAACGGAUGAUUUGUUCGUGAGUCCAGCAAGCAAGUUUAGACCUGACGGAACUACCAAUGAUCACAACUGUUACAUUGAGAUACCAUUUCUCCCUGGAGCAUACGGCAUUGACGAGUUCCACGAGAUGGUGGAGACCAAGCUCUGCAAAGAGUUCAAAGCAAGGCCACAUUGGGGGAAGAACAAUCGCUUAAACAAGUCCAAAGUCGAGGAAAUUUACUGGAAAGAGAGUCUGCGCAAGUGGUGGAACGUGUACGAGAUGUUUAACAAAGGAGGAACGUUUGAAAAUCGCUUCACACAUAAUAUGGGUUUUGCCAAGUUGUUCAUUGAUGAUCCUAUCGAAGAGCAGCCUUCGGCCUAACAAGUAACGCCUAAUUACGCUUUUUUGUCGCUCUUAGGCCAUCCUCAAAUUUUUGUCAUUUUCAAAAAAAAAGCAACGACGUAGUGGAAUCAUUUUCCACUUGUAAUUAUUAUUUCAAUCUGAGAAAUGAGCAUAGUAACAGCCGUGAUGUUUGAUAAAUCCAGGACUUUCUUUUCCUUUUAUUUAUUUAUUUAUUUUUUUCUUCUUAUUAUUAUUUUUUUAAUCCGACCGACCGACCCAAUAUCAGGAAACGCAUUCGACACUAAACGAAAAAAAAUGGCGGGUGGCCCUGAGUAUCACAUAGAUUCUUUCGUUCGUAGGAAAAAGGCGCAUGAGAUCAUUGGUAGAAAUGUAAUGUCGGCAGUCGUUGACUGUCCUCAGUAAACAACGCCUGGAAACGAGAAACUAAGAUGGCCUGGAAACGAGAAACUAAGAUGUGUUAAUCCAGAAUAACUCAGGACUAAGAGCAUCAAGAUGAAACCGGCUAGUCAAAUUGUUUCAUUAAAGAAUCAAUUUCCAGAGAGUCUUCCAUUUUAAACUGAUGUAAACUGUCCGAGCGAUUUAUUAAAAAUUGUAAUUUGAAUGAGCAGGCAGGAUAAUUCAGAUCGAUAACGGAAUUCAUCUUAAAUGACUAGGCAGACCCUCCCAAAUUUAGUUAUGGUAGUUAAAACGAGUAUUCCUUUUUCUUUGCCUAGUUAAUCGAAGGCAGCCCUUUUUACCUAAUUAUUUUAAGGCAACCUUCUUUCUUCGCUAUGUUAUUCAAGGGCAGCGCUUUGGCCGAGUCACAUUCGCGAUACAAGAAACAAAAAGAUUCGGGCGCAGCAAAUUAUAGUAAGUUAAUCGCAAAUAAGUCUUAGUCGCAGUGGUAACCACUGUUAAAUGUUUUGUCGCUAUUGGAGUUAUAAAAAAUUGUACACAAACCAGUGAGUCACUGUGUUUUAGGACUGUAUAACUUUUUUGAUUAAGCUUAAAACGAAAUGUUAGUUACACGGAUUACCCGUAUUUAAGCAUACUGAAAGUAUUUAGUUUGGCAUCCCGGCAGAUGAAGAUAAUCACCUAGAGAAACAAUUUUAAUUAAAAAAAUGUGACAAAAUUUAUUAUCUGAGGGUUUACUUAAUAAUUUCCUUAUUAACCUACUUCUUGAGAGUAAAAUUUCAGUGUUUUACUAAGUUUAGACAGUUAUGUAUCUCGGUCUCAACUGCUGACCAGUCUUAGACUAGCUAUAUGGUUAUUUGGGUGUCAGCAGUAUUUUCAAUAAUUUGAAAACUGAAGUGUGUGUACUGUUUUCGAAGAGUCACAAGUUCUCCUCUUCCCUAUCCUUGUGUUGUUAUGAACGUUCCCCAAAGUCAGCUUGACAACAGCUGUUUCUUAAACUCCUUAGAAAAUUUCCGCGGGAAAUUAAGGAAUUGGCGCUCAUGGAUCAUGAAAUGGGAGAACAGUUCUUGCCGGUUUUGGUGCUCACGUCUGGUUUCUGGUGUAGCAAUUGUUACACAAGCAAUUGAUAGAGGAGUCUGGAGAAGCAUGUUGCUCAGAUCCAAUGCGCUCGUUACAUGUAAUUCAAGUAUUCUAUCAGAUCAAAAUAUGAAAAGGGCAGUUAUGUUAAACUUCCCUGACACCAAGGAGCAGCUUUGAUGUAAAUAAAGAUGGGGCAGUCGGAGUUCUUUCUUCCGAGUAUA